GCUGUGAGCUCUCUGGUCGCAAAAUUACUUUUCUUUUCGAUGUUAUUAUGUGAACGACGCGCAAAGAUUAGUCAGGCACACACGGGCCAAGCGCUGGCAAGUCAUGAGCUUUUGCCGUCCAUGAUUGCGAAAUCCCUCCCAACGUUCGCCUUCAUUCGCGAUUCAACUAUCUAUAUGGCUCCGCGCUCGUAACACCUGGCGUUUGGAUGCCCGCCAUUCGUUGAUGAACAGCUAACAAACAUGCCUCAUUCCCGAGAGAGCUCCGAGGCUUUUCGCGUACCAGUAUCUGCAGAUGAAGAUGGAGCCGGCGAUCCUCUUCUCAGCGAAUCCGACUCUGAUGACUUCAAUAUUGACGGUCGAGCUUCCGUGCGCCGUAGUGUGCAAUGGGACAGACACGCCGAACCCUCGUUGGGAGCAGUGCAACCGGAGGCCUGGAUGGACAUUACCGCCAUACGUCAUAAGUUUAUUCGUCAAAUCCUAGGUUUGAAUCCCUUCAAAACCUCAUAUUUUGCGCUUUACAGACCAUUGGACGAUUUUGGUUCAAGAUUUAUACUCGCAUUGGGAGUCAUUUUGGCAUUUCUUGCGGGUUUGCCAAUUCCAUUCAUAGGUGUUAUCCUCGGCAGGAUCAUCAACAACUUUCCUCCGCCUGAAGAUGAACUAAAAACGCUACUGGGAUAUCUCAUGAUAGUCGCAGCGGCCUAUUUCGUCGUUACAUGGGGCUGGGCCGUGGCGUGGGCGGUAAUCGGUGAACGGGUGUCUCGCAAAACACGAGAGCAGCUCUUGCAUCGCGCACUUGGGAUGGACAUGACCUACUUCGACACUGCUUCGCCCGAUAUGACGAGUAUCCUGACGGAAAAGACUCAGACCAUUCAACUUGGUACUUCUGAAAAAGUGGGCUUGUUCCUAGCCUCGAUCUCAUACUUCGUUGCCGCAUUCUUUGUUGGUUUCACACUGAAUGCUAGGCUCACAGGCGUUAUGUUCGUCACCGUCAUUCCCUCAAUGGCCUGCGUUGUCAUAUUCGGCACGAAAUACGUUGCUAAGUUCACCAAGCAAGCCUCAGCCUACACAGAGAAGGCUGCUUCUCUAGCCGAAAGCGCUAUUCGAGCGGUGCAGAUUGUGCAGGCAUUUGGGCUUCAAGAGAAGCUGAGCGAGGAGCAUGUUCAUCAUCUUCGAGCUGCGUUGCGAGCUGGCAUAAAAAAGAGUACAGCUGGAGCUGUGAUGCUUGGAUCUGUCUACUUUGUCGCGUACGCCGCGAAUGCGUUAGCGUUUUGGUACGGUGACCAUCUUCGUAACGGUAGUGCUGAAGCUGGAACCAUAUACGCUGUCGUAUUCCUCAUUCUGGACGCUUCCUUUGUCGUGGGGAGAUUUGGGCCCUUCAUUCAGACUUUCGCAAUGGCAGCGGCUGCGGGACAAGCUGUUCACGAAAUUCUUGACCAUCCAUUGUCAGACAUUGACGUAUAUAACGUCGAAGGACAACAGGCCAGCAAGUCUCACUUCGCCAAAGACAUCAAAUUCUCUGCGGUCUCAUUUGUCUAUCCAGCUAGGCCAACUGUCAAAAUUCUGGACGCAGUCGAUCUGAGUAUUGCGCCAGGGAAGGUCACAGGUCUCGUUGGCUCAUCCGGGUCAGGAAAGUCUACGAUUACCUCGUUACUCCUCCGGCUCUAUGACCCAACUUUUGGCACAGUCACCAUCGGCGAUGAGGAUAUCAAGUCAUUCAACGUUCGCAGUCUACGAUCACAUGUUGCUCUCGUUACGCAGAACCCCGUUCUCUUCACUGGAACCAUCUAUGACAACAUCAAACAUGGACUACCACAGGGCGAAGACAUUCCUGAGGAUGAAGCGUUUGCCAGGUGCGUAGCUGCAGCCAAUGAAGCCCACUGCGAGUUCCUGGAUCGCCUCCCCGACGGUAUGCACACAAAGAUUGGCUCAGGCCCCCAUUCGCAGCUUUCUGGAGGACAGAAACAACGCAUCACGUUGGCCAGGGCACUUGUGGGUCGACCUUCAGUACUGCUUCUCGAUGAGUUCACCAGUGCUAUGGACGCGACGAGCGAGGCGAUUGUGUUGGAGAACCUGAGACGUUCUUCAGCCACAGCUGGUCGGACAACAAUCAUCAUAGCGCAUAGGCUCGCCACUGUCAGAGAUGCUGACCGUAUUGUGGUGUUGAAAGACGGUGUCGUAACCGAAGAUGGCCAACACGAAAACUUGAUAAAAGCGAACGGCAUCUAUGCUGAGCUCAUCCAAGCCCAGCAGUUCGAGAAGAAAGGCCAUGCAUCUGUUGCCUCCUCAGUCUAUUCCAGUCCUCGGUUCCCACAGAAAGAGAACAAUCAUACUGGCACAGCCACUAACGAUCCGUCAUCCGAGGCUACUACAGUGCCAGCGGAGAAACCGAACAAAAACGCGUUCGAGCUCAUACGCAGAUGCUUAGCUUUGAGUCGAUACGAGAUACCAGCGAUCGUUCUUGGUCUGGCUGCAUCUAUUAUAAGUGGAGGCGUUACUAUUGGGGAAGCCUUCAUUUUUGGCACCCUUGUGGAGCUUCUCAAUGAUACCUCCAAGACUGGCGAGUUGGCCUCGACGAUCUCCUUCUUCUGCAUGUUGUUCUUUCUGUUGUCCUUGGUUGCACUGAUCUCUCAUGGAGCCGGCGGUACAGCUUUCGGGCUGGUGUCGGAGAACCUUGUUCUUCGUGUACGAGACAUCUCGUUCCGUACGAUACUGAAGCAAGACAUCUCCUGGUUCUCGAAACCUGGGCACUCACAUCACGCACUGAUGUCCAAACUCAACAUGGACAGUGGUUCCAUCAGUGGGCUUUCUGGUGUUAUUUUGGGAACGAUCUUCUCGAUCACAACUUCGGUGGUUGGAGGAACAAUCUUGGCCCACGUCGUAGCCUGGAAGAUCGCUAUCGUUCUCCUUGCAGCUGUGCCCAUCAUGAUCUUCGCAGGCUUCGUUCGUCUUCGCAUCCUGGCUUUGGCAGAAGAGAAACACCAGAAUGCCUACAAUGAUGCAGCAACGCUGGCCUCUGAAGCAACUGCUUCCAUGCAAAUCGUCGCAGCCUUUGGUCUUGAGGACCAUUUUCUCGACUUGUAUCGUGAGGCUAUUCGCGGGCCAUAUGAGGAGCACUUGAGGUUUGCUCUCUUCGGCAAUGUUCUGCUUGCAUUCUCGCUAUCAGUGACGUAUUAUGUAUACUCUCUGGCAUAUUGGUGGGGCUCUAAGCAAGUGCGGAAUGGCAACUACAGUCAAAGGGACUUCUUCAUCGUACUACCUGCACUGCUCUUCUCUGCUCAGGCUGCUGGUCAGCUGUUCAGUCUGGCGCCGGAAGUGACUCGAGCCAAAACGGCUGCCCAGAGUGUGUUUGCGCUGCACGACGAACGACCUACGAUCCUUACGGACGACAAGCCUGCACAAAGACCACCUGAUGGUACCAAUGUAAACACAGAUUCUUUGCUGUCUGGACCGUCAGCCAGCUAUGGAACAUUUGGUGUGCGAGGAGAGCUUGAGUUCCGUGGGGUCAGCCUGCACUAUGAGACCCGACCAGAUGUUCCCGUUUUGAAUAACGUCUCGUUCCAGAUCAGACAUGGGGAGUACGCAGCGUUCGUCGGGAGAUCUGGUGCCGGAAAGUCGAGCACCGUCCAUCUCAUCGAGAGAUUUUUCGACCCUACAGCCGGCCAAGUCUACCUGGAUGGGCGGGACAUACGCAACGAGUCUGUGCAACACCAUCGAGCCCGUUUGGCAUUAGUAGAGCAGGAGCCCGACUUGUUCCCGGGAAGCGUCAAGUUCAACAUCGGACUCGGCAGGCGGCCUGAUGCAGAGAUCAGCGACGAGGCCAUCGUAGCCGUCGCGAAGAAGUGCGAACUCCACGACUUCAUCAUGAGUCUGCCAGAAGGCUAUAACACCGAAGUUGGUGCUCAUGGCUCUAAGCUGUCCGGUGGUCAGCGACAGAGGCUGGCUAUCGCGCGUGCUCUGUUGAGAGACCCAGAGAUACUUCUACUUGACGAAGCAACAUCUCAGCUUGACGCGAACACUGAGAGAGAGAUCCGAAGAACAAUAGCGGCUGCAUCAAAAGGACGCACGACUAUCAUGAUAGCCCACAGACUCGCGAGUGUACAACACGCAGAUAAGAUCUUCGUCUUCGAUGCUGGGAGGAUAGUAGAACAGGGUCGACAUGACGAGCUUGUCUCAGAGGGGGGCAUAUACGCUGGCAUGGUGGCAGCACAGGAGCUGGACUGAUUUCCAUUUACAGCAUUCGCCAUUCGUAUUUUCCUACCGUCCUCAUACAUUGUUGUACUAUUAGCCGACCAUACCGCCAUUUCUUUUGGUCUGUAUACCUCUGCGACCUUCUGCUCCUUCCGCAUAGAGUGCUUGGUCCAGCAAAUCGGACGUCUUGUACACCAUACUUGCGAUAUUACGCCCCAUAUUACUGUACAAAGUUUUCGAUUAUACACAAAAGCAAACUA